AUGGGACAGGAGCGCUGGAGCCAAAUGAAAAGUUCAGAGAGGAACAUCAGCCCUGCAAUGGCACCACAGUCUCAGGGGCUGAGUGGCAGUCCACCACUGUCCUCCAUGUCACCAAAGAAGACCACCUUUCAGUCGUUGGGAUCUAUUCCAUCAGGGAUGUUUUCCCCUUCAUUGACUAAACGUCGCCUCAGCGAGGCCAAGCAGGGCUCACACCCCAUGAAUUCACCCACCCACUCCAUUAUGAGCUCUCCAAGACUUUGGCAGAAAGCAUCCAUCUCCAGACUGGCAGAGGAGUUUUUCUGGAUUGGUGGCAGUGUGGUUGCACAGCCCAAAUGGAGACUGGGUCAGAUGGUGGAGAGGUGUAUGUGCACCAUGCAGACUGGCACUCAGAUGACCAAGCUGAAGGGGAAGAAGAAAGGACUGGUCCGAUUUUUUUACCUGGACGAGCAUAAGACCUGCAUUCGCUGGCGACCUUCCAAGAAGCAUGACAAGGCCAAAAUUUCAAUUGAUUCCAUCCACGAAGUCUGUGAGGGGAAAAAGUCAGAGAUCUUCAGACGGUACGCAGAAAACCGCUUCAACCCAAACUGCUGCUUUAGUAUUUAUUAUGGAGAUCGUGUGAAGUCCCUGGACCUGGUCUCCGAUAUUGCAGAAGAUGCUCAUACCUGGAUCACUGGGUUGAAGUAUCUCAUGGCUGGUAUCAGUGAUGAAGACAGUUUGGCCCGCAGGCAGCGCACCCGUGACCAAUGGUUACAGCAGACUUUCUCCGAGGCUGACAAAAAUGGAGAUGGAACCUUGAGCAUUGGAGAAGUUCACCAGCUUCUCCACAAACUCAAUGUGAAUUUACCCAAACAGAAAGUCAGAGACAUGUUUCAAGAUGGGAAUAGUGUCGUGUCAAUAACAGCACCCAAAAAGAAGAGACGAUUUGGCAGAUCAAUUAUGAGGAGUUUCAAAAGAAAGAGAAAAAGGAAAGUGCAGGUGAAGAACAAGGCCUUGUCGGACGGUGAAUCGGACUACAGCAGCAGCCGGGAGAGGACUCAGAUUGUUUACCAUCCCAAAAAAAGGAAAACAAUGAGAUUGUCUAGAGCUCUGUCUGACCUGGUCAAGUACACAAAGUCUGUUCGUGUACAUGAGAUAGAAACACAAGCAUUUGCAAGCAGCUGGCAGGUGUCGUCUCUAAAUGAGACCGUAAUGAACCAGAUUUUACAGCUAAAACCAGGCGAGUUGGUGCUUUUGAACCAGCGCCAGCUCCUGAGAGUCUAUCCGUCAAACUUCAGAGUGGACUCGAGCAACUUCAACCCACAGAUGUAUUGGAAUGCAGGAUGCCAUAUGGUUGCAAUGAAUUACCAAACAGAAGGUCCCAUGCUUGAAUUGUACCGAGCCAAGUUUGCAAGCAAUGGAAACUGUGGGUACAUUCUGAGGCCUAAGUGCAUGUGUAAAGGUGCCUUUAACCCAGUGCAGGAGGUUCCUCUAUCAGGACACAGAAAAACUCAACUGGUGCUAAAGAUCAUCAGCGGACAGCAGCUUCCCAAACCCAAAGACUCCAUGUUUGGAGACAGAGGGGAGAUCAUUGAUCCCUUUGUUGAAGUUGAGAUCAUUGGUCUGCCUGUUGAUUGUUCCAAGCAGCAGACCAGAGUUGUGGAUGACAAUGGUUUUAACCCCAUGUGGGAGGAGACCCUUGUCUUCAACAUUCAAAUGCCUCAGAUCGCCCUCGUGAGGUUCCAGGUGUGGGAUCACGAUCCUAUUGGACGAGACUUCAUUGGGCAGAGGACUGUGGCUUUCACCAGCAUGAUGCCAGGUUAUCGACAUGUCUACCUGGAUGGAAUGACAGAAGCAUCAAUCUUUGUUCAUGUUGCUAUCAAUGAUUUACCAGGAAAGAUGAAACCUGCUAAUGCUAUGCAAGCAGCCAGAAAACAUAUCCAAAAAGCAGCUCAGAAGCAUAUGAAGAGCAACCAAAGGCAUCCAUCACUAGAAGUCUCUGUCCAGUCCUCAGAGGAUGGGCGUCCCCUUUUCUUCCACAAGGAUUUGGACACCGUCUCACAGGACAGUAGGACUGGGGAAAUGUCUUCAAUGGCGCAAGGGCCAGCGAUCAGGGCUGCCAUUCACAAAGGAGCCAUGAGUGAGCCAGUGAGGCGAGCUCACAGAGUUAAGAUUCAUGAACCGCCAGAGACGAGGAGAGGCUUCUUUAGCCGGAUGUCUUCCACCGACUCAAACCACGGCGGGACAGCUCCCUGUGUGAAAGAGGAAAACUUUGACCCCGACACCCCUUUUCAGCUUUCUCAUCCUGAGAAUCCAGCUUCUGAUGGCCAGAAUCCAACAGAGCAAAAAGAGGAAAAUGAACCAUCAAACUGUACUGAGAUGCAGAUGGGAAAGGGAUUCAAACUGGAGCAGCUCGAGAUACCAGAGGAAGCAGAGCCAGAUGAAGACGUUUUCAGUGAAUCUGGGCAAACGCCAGAAGCUCAGAGCCGCACAGAUUCUGUCCCACAGUCUCAGCUCGUUCAACCGUCUGAAGCCAAACUCUCAACACUUAUCCCCCCAUCAUCUCCCGCCAGAGUCAGACGGACAUUAGAGGUUCCUCCUCACAUUUUACCGUCCACACCAAUACGAACCAAAGCCCUCGUACGCUGUGUCCCCAGAAAACAGACUGCCUCUCCGCAGACGCCUGCAGUGAAUCGCAAGCCUGCUUUCCACUGGCAGACGCAGCAAGAACAGACUUACAGCAAGCAGGUGAGGCGCAUCCCCAACGGCCUCUGCCUGUCGGACAGCACGUCCAGCUCCAAUGACGGCAGCACCGACAGCCUGGAGUUUGUUCCUGCCUGUGUGCCAGCCGGGCCAGAGCAACGAGAGGGCACCCUGCAGAGGGAGAUGAAGGCCCUGUUUGACCAGAAGAUGAGAGAAAUUCACUGUAAAUCACCACUUUUUCUAGAUGGCGAGUCCUAUUUGCAAGAGAACUUACUUGCGACUCCUAAUACCAAAGCCCUUCAGAAGAAGAAGGAAAUGACCACAGAACUCAAGUAA